UUUCUCCCCCGGCUGUGACGGCGCCGCCUCCUCCGCCCUCCUCCCUCCCGUAGUUCGCCGCCGGGAUCCAAGCCGAGCCAGAUGCUGCCUCAGAUCCCGAGGCCUCUUGGCUCUUGACGUCGUCGUUGCCGCUGCCGCUGCCGUCCGCGCCGAGGCCUGUUGGUUCUUGGCCUCCGUUGCCGCUGCCGUCCGCGCUCCGACGGCAGAUCCUUCCGAAAACGUGUCAUUUUCGCCGGUACCCGAGCCUUGGUUUAUAGUGGGAGUGGACGAGCCGCCACCUUCGUGGGAUCCCGUUAAGACGCCAAAGUUUGAUAUGUACGCAAAAGGAUUUCCCAAUUUCAACUUGGCGCAGGCUGCUGCGUUAUUAAGAAAGAAAGGACUUCUUGGUGUUAAAAUGGAUUCACCAAAGGUUAACAAAAAGAGUUCUCCAAAAGUUGUGAAACAAAGAGCACAAUGGAGUUUGGGACUUGAAAAAGGUCUGGUGGAGAUACUUAUGGAGCACGAUACUCCUUACCACCGAGGGCAAAAUGGAUGGAGCAAGGAAACUUGGAACUUGAUGGUGACAAAAUUCCAUGCAAAACACAAGCAUGUGAAGUUCUCGAAGUCUCAAAUUCAAGAUAAGGAGAAGGAGCUCAAAAGAGAAUAUAGGAUGUUAAAAGAAGCCCGAAAGCAAAGCGGUGUUCGCUGGGAUGACAAAAGAUGUAUGAUCGAAGCUGACACCGACCUUUGGGACAAUCUGAUGAUUUCAUAUCCAAGUAUCGGGAAAUUCAAGAAGAAAUCUUUUCCUCUCUUUGACUCGCUAGGAGAACUCUAUGAUGGGCAUACAGCUGAGGGUACCUACAGUUUCACAUCAAUUGCACAACCAUCACAAAUUGACGAAGACUUUGAAGAUGAAAUAGAGGUUGAGGAAGUAAAAGAAAGUGAUGACUUGGAGAUGAUGAAUCAAGUGCAACAUGAUGAAGAUGACUUGCAAAUUCUGGAUCAAAUGGAUGUUGCACAUAGGAAGGAGGAUGUCAAUCCAAGUGAAGAAGUGGGUCGUACAAUGGCUGGUACAAUGGCUGGUUCAGGAAAGAUGCCCCAAAAGAAACCCAAGAAGGAGAAGCGCAAGAACAGUGGUGAUGUGAUUGCUGGAGCAUUAUAGAAGUAUAUAGAGUUGAAGAAAAGGCAAGUAGAUGAUGAAGCUACAUAUUUGGCCAAUGAAAAGGCAGAUGCAACAAAAUUACAUGAAUUCUCUAUCACCAAGUGCAUGGAUGUGUUGAAAAAAAUGGAGGAUGUGACCCGCAUCGAGAAGAUCAAAGCAUUCAACGUCUUCAAGGAUGCUGCAAAUCGUGAGAUUUUCAUCAAUGCCGCUGAUGAUGAUAAAGAUACUGCUGUUAUGUGGCUUCGGAGCCAAAUGUCCCCAUGAGCUAUGUUCAAGACAGCCUGCAGCUAUGAGAUCGUUGCACUGGCAACAAGCACCCAAUGAAGAAAAGCGCAGUCGGUGUUAGCCCCUUAGAUCUGCCAGAAAGUGGUUCAUCUCAUAAACUGGCAUUUUACCAACACUCGUUUUGAGCCUCCUGCUGAUCUUAUGUCAUGUAAAAUAAAGCAAACUAGGUUGACCUUAUUUGGGAGUCGCUUUCUAUUUUCAAUGCCUACUUGUUGCACAAAUGGAAUGUUUCAUUUCUCCGAGGAGUCAGUUUGCUAUUGAUGAUGACAUGAUGUUUCAAUAAAUUGUCGACAUCGGAUCUUUGAUGA